CACACACACAGCUUCCUGUAGAGUUCCUGACCAUCCUUUUAAAAAAUUAUUUAUUUUCAUUGAAUAUAAUUGACAUAAUAUUGAGCAAGUUGAAGGUGUUCAGCUGUUGAUUUAAGGCAUUUUACUUACUGCUGAAUGACGACUUUUAUAGCCUUAGCUCCCUCCUCUAUGCCAAGCCCCUGGCCAUUCUAGUCUGUCUCCAGGUCUAUGGGCUUCCCUGGGCCCUCUGAUCUCCUAGGACCCCUUGGUCAAGAGGGGUCGGGGGUGAGGACGCCCCAGGGUGGGACGGUCCUGGAUCCCUGAAAAAAAGGAGGCUGACCUAUCCUUCCCCCCACCACCCCAACUCAGAGAUUUCUUCAUCUGCCGAGACACCUUCCGGUGGGUGGAGAUAUGUGCGGACAAACUCGCAGACUGAGAACCCUUGGAGGCUGAGGGGAUUUGCACGAACCAGGUCAAGAUGGAGGCAGCGACCUUCAAAGACAAGAAACAGGGGAUCCCGGCCGAGAACGAAGGUCAGGCGCUUUGGGUGGGGAGGGGAGAGGUCUAGAGAGAGGAGUCAGGGGCUGAAAGUGGGGACCAGAGGGCUCCUUCCCCUACCCAAAAUGUGUGUGUACCUGUGUAUACCCACUAAAGUCAGCCACACCCUCUCCACUUAACCAAGAAGCAGAUCUUAGCUCCUACACCUGACCUUUUACCCCCAGAAAUUUGUUGUGAGCAGGGGUUCAGUGAACCAAGAGCUCCUCUGGGACCCCUCCCACCCUACCUGGCCCCCAAGCUCAGAACAGGUUUCGGCAACCCUCCCACUGACCACACACAGAUGACCCAGACUAUGUGAAUAUCAACUUGACCUGCAGAAACUGGGGCCAGUCAAAGGGCAGCCGUUCACCACCCAAGAACCAGGGUAAGCAGCCACCCGCCCCACCUGCCACCACAGGCCUGGGAGGGAACCGUGGGAAGGCAGCACAGGGACGCGGGACACCAUGCGGAGGUCCAGGCUGGUGGCGCAAGGUUUGUGUGUGAUGGUGGUGGAGGUCUGGGUGGUGGAGGUGGUGAGUGGGUGGAAGCAGUGGACACCGAUGUGGAUGCCGGCCACAGCUAUGGCAUCUUGGCAAGUCUUGGUGACGGACGGAGGUGGUGACAGCGUUAGGGACAGUCGCUGGUGGUGGCGGUCAGAGUGCACGUGGCAGGCAGGGUGGCGAUGGUCAUGGCUGCUGAUGGUAUUAGGAGCAGCAGGCGUAGACGACAGAGCUCUUUAUGGCGUCAGGGUACCGAUGGCUGAGUGGCAGCGGCAGGCCCUGGACCUCACCUGUCCUUCCGCUGGCCCAGCCCCAGCCCGGUGCAGGCCGCCUGCGGACGCUGCCCAGGCGCCCCGCUGGUCGCACGGGGCCACCCUGAGCCUGUGCCUCCUCGUCGCUCUGUGCUGCAUCACUGUCUCGGCCUUGGUCCUGGCGAAGCAUCCGGCGCUGUCCCAGGAGCUGCUGGACUUGAAAAGGGAGCUCGGGAACAUCUCCGCCUCCGUGGGGCAGUGCCAGGAGGAGCAGCAGCAGAGCAGGAUCGCCAUCCGGCUGAGCUCCCAAGAGGCCAAGAAGCUCAUGGACAUGGUCAAGAACAAUAUCCAGAACUGCAUUGCGACACUGAAGACACUGUCAUCAGGUCCCCUUGCAGACCUUCACUGGGGGGAAUUGAUCUCCAUGCCCGGGAUCGGCCUGGGUGCUGGGAAAUCGGGAGAGGGGGCAGCAGGGUUUGAAGGGGUGAUGAAUGUCACCAUCCCGGUCACUCAGAGGGUAUUUAUAAGCUGCAGGGAACCCCAGGGACCUAGGUUCUGCAGCACCCCAGCCAGGGGGUCAGGCAGGGGAGUUUGCAACAAAGGUGGAAAAAACCCAGUUUUCUCCUGUCUCCCCACAGAUAUCAAACAAAUCAAGGCUAAAUUACAGGACAUCUCCAAGAAGCAGGGGGGGAAGCCAGAGCCAGGUGAGCUGGGGCGGGGGGUGCAGAUGAGGAGGGAGCCCUUGGUUGGGCCCCUGCUUCUCUCAGCGAGUGUAUCUGCCUGACCUCAGGUGUCCACCCCACCCAGAGCCCAAAGCUGAAUAAAUGAGAAGACGUGGAGACCUUGCCUGCAGCUCAUUUGACAGGCUUGCACCUCCCAGUGAAGAUAGAAAACAGCAGACCCAGCCUGGACAUUCAUCCCCACUUAGAGAAAAAUCACGUCAUGGAGACUUGAGGGUCGUGGAGUCGCAUGCGUAUGCGUGUGUGUGUGUGUGUGUGUGUGUGUGUGUGUGUGUGUGUGUGUGUGGUGUACACAGGGUAAGCAUUUCAUGGAGCAUGGGUGUUUCAUGGAGCGUAUGUCCCCCUAAUGCUGCUCUGUAGCUCCUUGCAGGCACCAGUAACAAGAUAAGGUUCACUGAGCAGAUGUACCAACAUUCCUUGGGGAGGCCUGUUUCGAUAUCUGGAAUUUAAAGAGAGACAUAGUUCAACACUCCCGUUUGGAUUCACAUGGAUCACUGCACCUGGUGAUUGCAAAGCAAUGGAGGAAUGUGCACCAGCCCUUGGGCUGCAAAAAUUAAUAACUGGGCGGAUGCCAUCAAAUCUGCAAGCUAUGUGACAGCUGAGAAAAUAUCCCUUCCCCUCUUAUCUUAUAUAAACUGUCCACUGUAGCAGGCUAACAAGAUGGGUCUCUGGGACAAUAGCCCUCCCAUCUUCCAACCUGCCAGCUUGUUGAAUAAAGCUCUUUCUCUCCGGA